AUGGCCCAGCCCAAUUUAUUUCAAAAUUCUCGUGAAUCUCAGUCAACUGUGAUUAGUCAUACUAUCCCUGCUGUUGGAUUGGGCAAUUGCAAGUCUGGUUCUAAAGCUACAGAUUCUGUUUUCACUGUCAUCUCUGAGAUCUAUUGGGCAUUUCAACUAAAAGAUGGAGCCAGCCAAGCAGAGGAGGUAUUGGACGAUUUUGACAUGGAAGAUAAUUUGGAGAGGAUACCGGUGCAUGCAAUUUCACAUACAAGAACCUCAACAAGCUUCUCAGUUUCUGCUCAAAACAAAGCCCUGGAUGGAAAUGCAUCCAGGAGGAAUGGUAAAAUGCUGAAGGCUUGCAGGAAGAAUGGCAUCCAUGACAAGGAAGCAGGGAUUUUGUACAAGACAGUUGAAAGAAUAGCAAAUUAGCUGAACAAGGCACUAGGUAAUGUGGUGAUAGAAUGGGCUGUCCAAAGAGGAACUAGUGUCAAACCCAAAUCAAUGAAUCCUGAAAGGACCAAAGAGAACAUUCAAAUCUCUGGCUGCGUAAUCCCUGACGCAGAUUUCCAGGCUUUUUGCAGCCCCUCUGAUCAGGUAACUAUACAGCUACCAAACACUGCCAACUGAUUUGUUUGACAGGCAAUUUGGUAGGGCUCAA